AUGCCGGAACAACUGGACCCCAAAGAGGUCAAUGCUAAGACUGACCCUUCUGUGGCUAAACAAUACGACCGUGAAACGCCAAAGGAUGUGCAGUGGAAAGAACUCUACGAGCUGAUCGAUGGCAAGAAAAUCAGCAUGCUGAACACCUUCCGUGAAGGCGUUGGACCUGUAGGCCGGUCAAUGGCCAUUGCGCGAAGAUCCGGCCCGGAUAUUCUCUUUCUCGCGAACAGGCACUCCAAGAAAUUCGAGGAUCUUGAAAAGAACACAAACGUGCAAAUUACCCUUCAAGACACCAAAUCCCAGGAUUGGAUCUCCAUCAGUGGAACAGCAACGACGGCGUCGAGCGAGGAUCCAAGAAUCAAGGAGCUGUACAGUCCGACUAUCUCGGCUUGGUUUGGGGAUCUAAAGGAUGGUGUGCAUGAUGGAACGUGGAAGGAUCCUCGUAUGAGCCUUAUUGAGAUCCAGAGCAAUUAUAUUGUGUACUGGAAGAAGGAGACCUCGACACUGGGCUUCGUGAAGGAGGUCAGUGUGGCCGCUUUGACCGGGAGUGUUGCUCAGACGGGUGUGCACCGCGAAUUUUUCAAGGCGGAUAUCGACAAGGAAAGGGUCUAG